UUCAUACAAACGGCGGCGCACUACUUUCAUAGCUCAGCAGCGUGCAAGGGCGUCCUUCUCCUCCUCGCAUGUGUCUUUGAGCAGCCCGGACCGGCCAUUAAUCCAGCUCUAGCUGAAGGUGGAACAUUCCCUCGGAGAGCACCAUGUUUUCCUGCAGAGCGGCCUGGCUCAGGUGUGGGCCCGUGGUGCGGGGAGCAGCCCACAGGUUGCCCCGGGAUGUUGUGCAGCGGCGAGCGAUGUCGUCAGUCCCUGGUGGGUCUGGAGAAAACAUCCUGUACACGGUGCUGUGUGGCGGAGCCUUUGUUGCUGCCGUGUCAUACGCGUACAGCACUGUGAGCUCGGACAGCGCCAGGUUCAAUGAACGUGUUGCAGAAAUCAAUGCCCGACCCAAGACGGAGUGGACACCCAAACCAUGGCCACCUAAGAGCGCGGAUGAGGAAGAAGAGGCUGGAGAGGAGGAAGCGGCAGCUGAGGAGGCUGAGGGAGAAUCUGAGGUUGCCGAAGGAGAAGCUGAGGUUGCCGAAGAAGUUGCCGCCGGUGGCGAGGCAGAAACUGUAGUGGAGGAGGUCGCUGAGGUUGUUGCCGAGGUUGCCGAGGUUGUUGAAGAGGUGGCAGAGGAGGUUGCCGAGGUUGCGCAAGAAGUGGAGGCCGUCGCAGAAGAAGUGGCUCAGGUAGCCGAAGCGGUGGAGGAGGCUGCCGAGGCCGUCGCAGAACCGGCUGCCGUCGCUGCCGAGGAGCCCGAAAGCAACGUGAUUCCAGUAGAAUCUGCUCCCACAGAGGAAGCCCCAGUAGAGGCUGCCCCCACAGAAGAGGCACCUGCAUUAGUAGAGGCUGCCCCUACAGAAGAGGCACCUGCACCAGUAGAGGUUGCUCCUACAGAAGAGGCACCUGCACCAGUAGAGGUUGCUCCUGCAGAAGAGGCACCUGCACCAGUAGAGGUUGUUCCUGCAGAAGAGGCACCUGCACCAGUAGAGGUUGCCCCCACAGAAGAGGCACCUGCAUUAGUAGAGGCUGCCCCUACAGAAGAGGCACCUGCACCAGUAGAGGUUGCUCCUACAGAAGAGGCACCUGCACCAGUAGAGGUUGCUCCUGCAGAAGAGGCACCUGCAUUAGUUGAGGCUGCUCCUGCAGCAGAGGCACCUGCACCAGUUGAGGCUGCUCCUACAGAAGAGGCACCUGCACCAGUAGAGGUUGCUCCUACAGAAGAGGCACCUGCACCAGUAGAGGUUGCUCCUGCAGAAGAGGCACCUGCAUUAGUUGAGGCUGCUCCUGCAGAAGAGGCACCUGCACCAGUUGAGGCUGCUCCUGCAGAAGAGGCACCUGCACCAGUUGAGGCUGCUCCUGCAGCAGAAGCACCUGCACCAGUCGAGGUUGCUCCUACAGAAGAGGCCCCUGCACCAGUUGAGGUUGCUCCUGCAGAAGAGGCCCCUGCACCAGUUGAGGUUGCUCCUGCAGAAGAGGCCCCUGCACCAGUAGAGGCUGCCCCUGCACCAACAGAAGAGGUCCCUACAGCAGUAGAAGCUGCACCUGCCGAUGAAGCCCCUGCACCAGCGGAGGUUGCACUAAUAGAAGAGGCCCCUGCAUCAGCUGUUGAGGCUGUACCAGUUGUUGAGGAGGCACCUGCACUAGUGGUUGAAGAAUCCCCAGUGCCAGUAGAACCAGCUGCAGAAGAGCCCAAGAGAGAGUACAUUGUGGUGGUUCUGGAAGGAACACCUAAAUCUGAAAAACGGCCCAAGGUGCUGGGAGUGGGGUCCAUGAGUGGUAGAAUCAUCCCAGCUCCAGACGAUGACGAUGCUUCUGAGGGUAAGCGACGUCUUCUUAGGAUGCAAAUGAAGUAGUUCCAAAUAAGUAAACGGCUCCUGAAUGAAGACUUUGUAUUCUGCAGAAGAAGAGGACGUGCCUUUUCCCAACACUUUUCACCUUUUCUUCCUUUACACUGUCUCUACAUAAGUCCCUUGCACCUUUUGUGGUUGAAUAUACACGUACUGUACAGUGUUUAGAUCAAUGCCUGCUUUAUGGAACCAUCAUGGCAACACAUUGACAAUAAUCAUUGGCACGGCCCAUUAAUGUGACAGUCCACAAUGACUUGCAUGUCUUGAGUUUGAAUCCCUGAUGAGCCCAGCCAGUAGUUGAACAGGUCUCUGGUAUAUCUUUAGGAGCCUCUAUGACAGAUCUUCAGCGUCAUUGAAUUGUUACCUUUUUCAUGCUGUGAACCAAACUCUAGCCAUCCAGUCCCUGUUUUUGUUUCUUCUUGUUACAGUGUUUACUGCCUCAGAAAUCACUCCAGUGAAAUACCUUAAUACUCACCACCACAUCUUGUUUACCCAGUCUGUGCACAGCCACUUACAAUGUGAAACUAGUGUUACCUUUUAUAGAAGCAAGGGGCGAUUUCCUUCACCAGCAUUCUGUACAAUAUCUGACCUCAUGUGUUUCUUCUGCUCCUCUUGGUGUGAAAAUGAACAGCUGGAAAAACUAUUUUUUUCAUGAAGAAACACAACAUCUAUGUACAGCAGCCACUGGUUACCUCACUCUUGUUUGUUUUUCAGUCUACAGAUCUUUUGAUGCAUUCAGUGUGACAGUUCUUAAGCCAACAACACAGUUGCUAAGACCUUUAUUUCAGUAAACCCUAUUUAUUUUUCACUCCCUAAAUGUAAUAACCUAAACGUAUCCUGUCAAACGAAAUAAAGCAGGCACUUGUUGAUUUCCCUGUACUUUUCUUCCUUUUUAAAGGGUCAUUUAACACUCAAACACUGCUGCUCUACUCUAAUCUCAGUUUUAAAGCACAUUUACCUUUUGUCGACUAAAUCUGGUGAUAUCACUGCAGGUUUAUACCCUGGGUAGCUGUUGGAAAGCACCAUUUGUAAUGUCAUUGAUUUGAAUGUGACGAGACAGGAAAAAGAAAUGUAUAGAGAGCUGCGCAGCAGGAGGUUUCUUCUUAAUAUCCAGUUUUGAGUUACCUUUUGUAGGUGAGUUUGUUGCACAAUUUUGUAGACAAUCUAAUUGGACGGUGAAAGUAAGUGUUGGGGACAAUCACUUUCAAAGUUUGACAUAACUGAAUAUGGAUUGUGCAAAGAUCCUUGUAUCCUUUUUAUCCACAUGUGAAUCCAGAAUUGGGAGGAAAACCAACUCACUGCGUCAUGUUAUUUAACUUGGAUCCUUUUUCCUAUUUUUCAUAAAAGUAGCAGUACUGCAAAAUAAAAAUACUGUUCUGCAUUCUUAAUGUUCAGUUGGUCUGUUUCGGAAUAAAAUAUCUUAUUGGAAUAAAAUUAUUGAUGCUUGAA